CGUUAUUUAUUUUUGACCUUUCGAUUUAUAUAUGUUAUAUAAAUAAUAAUAUACAUUUUGUUGUUUUGUUUUUGUCAACGGUAUUUUUACUUGCGAUGGAUAAAAAGCAUGUCUCUUGUAUGAAUAUGCAUAGCAAUCGGAGCGUUAAACUGUUAAUAGAGAAAUUUGAAGGCUUGGGAGAGCGCAAGGUUCAAAUGCCAGGCAAGAGGCAGGACUGGCAUAUACAAGAGGUGAGGGGACGCGUGGCCGAAACGGUGGCCAAAUUUGAGCACAGCAGCUUCCUGGGUCAUCGUUUACUGGAUGCGCGGUUCCAGCAUAAUUGCAACGACCAGGCCACAGAGCGUUGGCUGGCCGAACUGAAGCGAAGGAUGCUCAGUCAAGUUGCCCAACCGUCGCACCUGAAGCUAUUAAAUGUGAAGCAUUCGAAGCUAGCGGCACGAGAGAAUGAGCCGGAUUUAAUGGGGCAUGAACUAUUGGACGAGCACGCGGUAUUGCCGCCCCUGUCCGUCACAAUGGACGGAGCGAAAUCGAAGCUUUUUUUAGCAAUGCAAUGCUCGGACACCAGUGCAUUUGCCUCAAAUAUGGAGCUGCCACCGAUACCCAGCUUCAACAGCUUCGAUUUCUGUGAUGAGGAAUGCCUCUACGUGCGGCCAAGCCUUAGCUGCAAUUGGUAAAUCGUUCGCUCACGUCUGGUGUCGCAUCCAGCCGAUCGAUCGGUGCGUCGUCGAGUGCUCCACUUUCAUGCACGAGCAGUUCCCAAACAUACAGUCCGGUACAUAGUCCACAAUUAUGACUUGCCUCAAGGUUCGAUGAAAAGCAAAAGGUCACUACUGGGGGACGAUAAAUCAAUUUCUAUGUGCGUCUCGUA